AUUCAAUGCUACCGACUCCUUUCGCCCAUACCUCACAGGCCCUUUCGAUCCGGUGAUCAGAAGUUCUAUACUAGUUCCAGGGACAGCAGGUGCAACAAUGAAUCGGCCAGCAGUUGGACCUCAAUCCCUACGCGGCUUGCCAAACGGCUUUCCAAGUCAGCAACAAAUACCACAGAACAGGAGUGUUUCGUCGAGGCUACCGCCGAGUGGAAAGAUGGCAGGCAACGGCGCGACUUGGGCAUUCGGCGGAGGUGUACCAAUGGGCAAUGCAGGUCUCGGAAAUCCACGUCCAAAUAAUGCGCCAAUGUCGAGCUUUGCGCAGACCAUUGGAGGUUCCUCGCAACCAGCUACCCCCCUCGAUCUGUCGGAAUUCCCUUCCUUGUCAAAUAACCAACCGCAACCAAGUCAAUCGACGUGGGCGGCUUCUGGUGCUCGAGGACUGGGUCCUUCUGCAAGCAUGCGGUUGCAACAGCAACAACCCUCUCUCUCUUCACAACAGCAAAUAAACGCUCAACAACAAGCGCAGCAACAACAUGAUGAUUUAUUCAGCUCUUCGUCGCAAUUACCCAGUAGCCAAGGUGGUUUUCGGUUCGGAGCUCAGAACGCUGUUGGUCAAUCCUCUCAACCCAACCCCGUUGAUGAAUUCCCUCCUCUGAAUCGAAAUGCCAACGGUGAGAUAGGCCAAGAUAGGGGCUCGAAUUUGAUCCAAAAUGUUGGUUUUGGUGCUCAAUCGAAUGGUUUAGGUUUUGGUUCUUCGAAUCCUCCACAACCGCCUCGUAACAACGGUCUUCUGAAUGUGUUGUCUGGUAGUAGUCGAAUUCCUUCAGCAAACCGAGGAGCCUCUCCCGCAAAUAUGCCUGCCGUCACAAACUCGCGAUCGCCCAUUGAACCUGCUCGUCAGGAGAAUGAUGGAAGUGCCUUUUCAGCUGCCCAAUUCGGUUCCUCGAUGGCACAGCCGCAGCGUGAAGAAAGUGCACCGCAACCCGCUAUUUCUAGAACAGACUCUCAUGCACAGAAUGAUGGAGGAGCAUCACGCUCACAAAAUCUUGAUUCAACAGGCGGCUCCUCCCAAGGCAACCCUGAAGAAACAGGACCUGAAGUUCAAGACCCCUUAGCCCAUAUGAGCGAAAUCGAUAAAUGGGGCCUCAAGGGCUUUACUUUCAUGAUGAAUAACUUCCCCGAUUACGCCGCUCUGGUCACUGGCAUGGAUCUGACAGCGCUUGGUCUCGAUCUCAACUCUAACGAAAUGAUCUCCGAUCAGGUUUACUCGCUUUGGGACAACGAGCCACCGCGGCCUGCCGUUCCUAAGUUUAAGCUUCCUGAUUGCUACACCGUAAGUAAUGUCGCGCGACUGGACACCAAGAUGACCGGCUUCAAUGAUGAGGCGCUUCUCUUUAUGUUCUACAGCAACCCGGGUGAUGUCCAGCAGAUUAUGGCAGCACAAGAACUCCACAAUCGUAACUGGCGGUACCACAAGAAAUUGCGAGUUUGGUUGACUAAAGACGAAAUGAUGGUUCCUCAACCCCUCGGAAAUGGUACUGAACGUGGUUAUUAUGUCUUUUUCGACAUCCAAUCGUGGGUCCGAGAGCGUCGAGAGUUCACCUUAGUCUACGAUGACCUGGAGAAUAUCCCCACCGUUCCCCGGACUCUGGACAGAUAGGCGCAUUUCAGGACCUCCCCGUUGGCGAUCUGCCGUGUUUGAUUAUAUUCCAUUUCAAAAUGGAGACCUGGAUGUGUUUGAUAUUCGAAAAUGGCUGGAGGGUACAUCAUCUCCCUAGUUGCUGCCGAACAUCGCGGGAUAAAAUUCUGCACUUCGACACGAACUCAAACGAUGGCGUUCAUUUCAACCACUGGCUUACAUACAAUCGGAGUUUCUGGGCCAGGGAGGCCUGAACUGGAUCUUUUUCUGUAAUGGGCGUUCUAGCGACCUGGCUAGGUUUGCACAAUGGCAGCAAGAGGUUCAUGAGGCGUAAUGAUCAUGAAUAAUUCAUAUUGCACCAAAGAGUCCACAGAAUACGUUGUGCUGAAUCGUGAC